GCUUCGCAACCGACCACAACCACAAAUCGCAGACCCUUUGAUCUUCUGAUUCUCAAUGGAGUGUUUUUGAGAAUCUCUUGUUUUUUUUUCUAUUUAAAAGUCUUGCAAUUCUUGAAGAGAAGACGACGACGGAAUGCCUAAAUUCGUGCCGCGCGUGCGAAAGCACAAAGUGCUCGCGCGCCGCAAAGCCUCCAACAAAUCCCACCACAACGAAGCCGACGACGACGACACCUCCACUGCCGCACCCAAUGCCGUCGAGAUUCUCCCCGCCGCGCAGCGCGACCACCAGCUCCGCAAAGAUGAGCUCAAGAAGGAGCUCAUCAGCCAGAGCGCGGGCAAGAUGAGCCAGAAGAAGAAGAAGCGCAUGGACAAGUACAUCGACACGAAGCUCAAGAAGGAAGAGAACCUCGAACUGCUCAAGAAAUUGGCGAAGCAUAAGGUCGAUACGAGUUUGUUUCAGAGCUCGAAGAAAUUGGGCACUGGUGGGGAUACGAAGAGGGAGGCGCUGCGGAGGGCGGCGAUGGAGAGGAGGGCGGGUGUUGAUGUGGAGAGGAAUGAAGAGCUGUUGUUUGAGGAGAGGGAAGUUAGGGCGCCGGAGGAUGUGCUUGUGAGGAGGGUGGAGAGUGAUCGGGAGGUGGAGGGUGCUGCGCUCCCUGUGUCGAAGGCGAAAUCGGGUGGGAAAAAGAGGAAGGGUACACAGGUGGAAGAGGAAGAGUCAUUAGAACAGGAACAGGCUCCCGCUGCGGAGACGGAGGUUGUUACCGCUGAACCUACAACCGUUGCGUUGCCAGGCGCUGGCUUGUUCGGGAGCGGCCUCAAGCGACCUUUGGAAUUGGAUGGCUCUGGACAACCAGUCAUCCAGACCAGGAAACGACAAAAGAAAAGCAAACCCGUUGUUGUGCAGCAGGAGCUGGAAUGGGAAGGGUUCAGCAGCAAUGACGAUGAUUCUGAAGCGGAGAGCGGGAGCGCAGAUGACGCAGAGUCAGCGUCUGAGGGCUCUCUCUCUGGCAGCGGAGAGGAGGAAGACGAAGCCGAUGACGAUGAAGAAGACGACUCUGAAUCUGAAUCUGGCUCGGACAGUGACUCGGAAGAAUCCGACAGUGACUCUAGCACAGCAUCCGCGAAGAAGGCAGCAAAAGCAGAGCGCACGUCUGCAUUCAAAGCAUGGGCUACACAGCAAAGAAACGAUGCAGUUGGUUUCACGCCAACAAACAACCUCACCUACGCCAUUCCUCCCAAACCAGCGAACUUUCAACCCCGUCCAGUCGAAUCCGAUCCAUUGCCACCAGAGCUCUCGUCAAACACCGCUACUGACGCGACAAGAAAAGCCUAUAGUGUUGCAGUCACGAGAUCGGAGGAGAUACAAGAUGCCAGAUUGAAGCUACCAAUCGUUGCAGAAGAGCAGAAGAUCAUGGAAGCCAUCCACAACCACGACGUGGUAGUGGUUUGGGGUGCAACAGGUAGUGGUAAAACUACUCAGGUACCUCAAUUCCUAUUCGAAUCAGGAUAUGGCGCACCAGAUGGUCCCACUCCCGGAUUGAUCGGAGUGACACAGCCCAGACGUGUGGCUGCUGUCAGUAUGUCCAAACGCGUAGGUGACGAACUCGGAGAUGUAGGCUCGAAAGUGGCGUACCAGAUCCGUUUCGACAGCUCCACCAGCGCGGAUACCGCAAUCAAGUUCAUGACUGAUGGUGUACUUCUUCGUGAGAUUACACAAGACUUUCUCCUCACCAAGUACUCUGCCAUCGUGAUCGACGAGGCGCACGAGCGCAGUGUCAAUACCGACAUUCUCAUUGGCAUGCUCAGCCGUAUAGUUGAUUUGCGGGCCGACAUGGUCAAGAAAGACACAACAAAGAAACCGUUGAAGUUGAUCAUCAUGUCUGCUACUCUGAGGAUUUCAGACUUCACAGGCAACAAGCGACUCUUCCGUCAUGAGCCCCCGCCGCUACUGACGGCAGAAGGUCGUCAAUUUACUGUCACGAACCAUUUCGCCCGCCGUACGCAAAGAGACUACGUGGAAGAAGCCUUCAAGAAGGUCAGCCGAGGCCAUCGAAAGCUACCCCAAGGAGCCAUGCUCGUUUUCCUUACCGGACAGAACGAAAUCAUGCAUCUGGCCAAGCGGCUGAAGCAGACCUUUGCUUCCACUUCAGACCAAGGUGCAAAGCCUGGCAAGGUGCAGUUCUCUCCUGCAGAAGUGCCCAUGGAGACCGAGGAUAUAGAGAUAGGCAGAGAGACUAGAGACUAUCAGGACGAGGAUGGCUCAGAUUCGGAGGAUUCUAUCAUUCUUGGGUUGGACGAUGAAGAUAAGGAUGAGUUUGAUAUUGGGGAGGAAGCUGCCGAAGAGACCGUCAUGAAGGUCCAUGUUUUGCCGCUCUACUCACAGCUUCCGACCAACCAGCAGCUGCGCGUCUUUGAGCCGCCUCCGGAUGGGUCACGUCUCAUCGUCCUUGCUACCAACGUUGCCGAAACCAGUUUGACGAUUCCGGGCGUCAGAUACGUCUUCGACUGCGGGCGAGCAAAAGAAAAGAAAUAUGAUCGUGUCACAGGCGUACAAAGCUUCGAGAUCGGCUGGAUUAGCAAGGCCAGUGCGAACCAGAGAGCAGGUCGUGCUGGACGUACUGGUCCAGGACACUGCUACCGACUGUACUCGUCUGCGGUGUUUGAACGCGAUUUCGAAGAGUACGCCGCCCCAGAAAUCCUGCGAACACCACUCGAAGGAGUCAUUCUCCAGCUCAAGAGCAUGGGAGCUCCCGUUGUCAACUUCCCCUUCCCUACACCGCCAGAUCAGGACAGUCUCAUUAAGGCUGAACACCUUCUUUCCUACCUGGGUGCACUUUCUACUGAUGGCAAGGUUACGAAGUUGGGACACGAGCUGUCGCUCUAUCCCCUGAAUCCGCGAUUCUCACGAAUGCUGGUAAUGGGUAUCGCACAAGGCCUUACGGCAGAGACCAUCGCGCUGGUAGCGGCGCUGUCGGUACCAGAGCUCAUUGUGGCAGAGAGCAAGCUUGGUCUGCGCGAGCCUGUCGUCGAUCCGGACGCCAUUCGCACCGAGGCAGAUAACCUGGAAGCCGAAGAGAGGUCUCGACUUCGAAAAGCCUACAAUGCUGCUCAGGGGAAACUUGCAGUCAACGCGAAACAAAGCGACUGCAUCAAGUUGAGCAGUGCGAUCUGUGCCUACGCAUACGACUCUAAUCCCCAGGCAUUCUGCGAGGAUAUGUUCCUCAACUCCAAAGCGAUGAAUGAGGCCAGCCAGCUCCGUCAGCAACUCACCAACAUCGUCCGAGCACAUCGACCGACCGCAAUCGGAGCAUACCAAGCAAGACUUCCUGCCCCCUCCGAAAGAACCAACGGUAUCCUCAUGCAAAUUUGUGCCGCGGGCUUCAUCGACCAAGUAGCCAUGCGCGCCGACCUUGCUCCCGUUCCACCAGAACUCCCACGAAAACCCAGAUCCGCCAUCGAUGUUCCCUACGUCACCUUGUUUGCCUCGCAAGUCGGCCGCCCGACCAGCGACGACCCAUCCGAGAAAUACGUCUACCUCCACCCCUCAUCUCUCCUCGCUCGCACACCCGUCAAGAACAUGCCAGGCUACAUCAUCUACUCACACCUGCAACGCGCCUCCCCCUCCACCAUCACUGGAUCCAAGGCACCAAAGACCCGCAUGCACCCACUCACGCCCGUCACACGCCCUCAACUCAUCAACAUCGCCCUCGGCACUCCCCUCCUCCAAGUCUCCAAACCAAAAGGGAAAAUCGCAGACGUACCGCGAACCCAGAAAUCCGACCCCGAGCGCAGGGAAUGCGAAGUCGAAUUGUCCCUCGUGGGCGAAAAGGGAUCCCAGGGCUGGGGUCUGGGAGUACGGAAAGUGCUGCAGAAGAGAGAGGGUGUCGGGAAGGGAUGGAGCGUGGAAAAGAUUGUUGGAUAG